AGAGUUCUUCUUCUGUCUCAAUGCCCUCUGCUGAUUCUCUGCUUUUAUUUUCAUCUUCGGCCGCUCUGCUCCUCUUCUUCCUCCUCUCCUUGAGCUCUCCUCAUCUUCACAAUGGGGUGUGGGGGUUCAAAGAGCAGCGACGUUGCAACCGGCAACACCAUUAUCCGCAGAGUCCUCGACAAGAAAUCUGAUGCUCCCAAGAAAUCUGACGCACCAAUCGGAAGCCUUGAACAGAAAACAACUGAGGUACACGAGAACUCCACAGAGGAUGCCAACGGUUCUGACAAGCCAGCAGUCGUGGUGGCAGAUGUGAAGGACAUAACAGAGAACAAUGAAGUAAAAAAUGGGGAUGCAGUCAAUGAUGGUGCCCCACUUGAGGAUGCUAAAGCCGGGAAGUUGAUAACCGGAGACUCCCCAGACGAGUAUUUUUCGAUGAGGAAGGAUGAGUCUGUCGAUGUAGUAGCUGUGACAGGCUUGGGAUACUUCUCUCCUGGCACCGGACCAAGUGAAGGUGUUAAGAAAGAGGAAGAAUCACCUCUUGGAAAUGAUAUUGAUAACAGCAAACAGAAUGAGGAGCCAGCAUGCAGCAAUACAGAUGAUAAGAAACAUGAAGAGAAUUUGCCAGGGAACAGUGGAGAGCCAUCUUUAACAAAAGGUCAAAUGCUUCAUGUUCUUGUUCAUACAGAGAAGGUGCAUGAAGAGGGAGCUGCAGAUUCAAAAGAACCAAUUGUAGCAGAGGAAGCCAAAGUCGAGUCUCCUACUAAGGAAGACAAAGUAACCAUUGCCGAAGGCUCAACUGAGGAACCAAAGCCAUAAUCUGAAGCUGAUUGCCCGUGCUUCCACACCAGAUUAUGUUGUGGCAAUACUACUGAAUGGGGUGUAAAAAAAUGUCAAAUACUUGUUGGAAAAAAGAAAUGAAGAAUGAUGACUUUGAUA